AUGGGCAAUUCAAAAGGCGCUCUAAGAGUAGAAAACGUGGAGAUCACUAUGGAAGGUGUGGUGGUUUGUAGAGGCCAAAGGAUACUUGCAGUAGGAAUCUACGGGAUCGUUGGGCUUUACAACACUCUUCGAGAUGCCUUUAUGGCAUCGAUGACAGUUCCUGCAGCCACGGAUAGUAACUUGAAGUUUCACGGGCGUAUUUUCUUUGAAGGUAAUCUCAUAAGCUAUAAUGAGCUCCGGAGAAUGAUGAAUCCAUUCGUGAUGUUCUACUCCUGCGAAAGUGUUCAAAGCUCGCUUGAAUUUGUAAAUCUCUCUAAGGUUAAGGAUAUGAUAGAUAUUUUUGAUUUGGAAGAAAUCAAGAAGCUUCCCAUAUCAAAACUAACCGUUUCGGAGUCCAGAAGAUGGGAAGCAGCUACAAGUGUUGCUUCUGAAUCAAAGGUGAUUGUUCUCCGGAAUUUCCAUACCCCCUAUGAGGAUACAAAAAAGUAUAUAUCGUUUCUCGGGAAAUAUGCAAGAAGUAAUAGAGCUGUUAUCCUGGUGGAGGUAGAUUCUCCCUCAGAAUAUGAUCUGGAUGGAUGCGUUAUCAUAGGAAAAAAUAAUUUUGAAUGCAUCAAUUUCCGUGUAAAAAAAGAUCUUUUUAGGUACAAGGAAGUGCUGUUUGAAAGCCUUUUGAAAAGUCUUGAAGUAAAAUGUAACGAUAAGAAAGAAGCCAAGGCAAACGGUUCUGAGGUGCCUAGAGGCGAAUCUUCUGCUACACCAACAGGUGCGAGUGAAGAUUCUGAUAUUCCUAGAGACAUCACAAGGUUUUCAGAGAAGGCAACAAGCCCUGAUAUGAUCCAAUCCAGAAAUCGUUUACAUCCAAACAACUAUAACAGAGACUUCUUGCUGGAGACACGUGGCGUGAUCAGCCAUACUGAAACGAGAAUCUUCGAAGAUAGAAUAGUUGUUCACAACAUCAGAGACAUCAAGCCCCCAUCAAAUACAGAAAAGAAGACUUUGGCUCUUGAGCUAAGGCCUUCCUGCAAAUACUGUUGGCUGUAUGGAAUGAAAGAGUUGCUCUUUGAAUGGUUCUUCUCGGUGGACAUUAGACUCUCUCUGCUGCUUACAAGAAGGAAAUGCUUUCUCGAAGAAAAGAGGACCAAGGACUUCAAGAAGUUCAUGGUGUCAUUUUUAAUGCAAAUAUACCUGGCAGUAAUCCUGAAAUUUAAGGCAUCUAUAUUCAAAGAUGCGGUUUCUAUCUCAGACGUCUUCCAGGGCUUCCUGGAGGCAUUGAAGGAAAGGUUUGUUUCCCUCUCUGGACUAACGGAAAGCAUCUUUUCCACAUCAAUUCGCAAUUUGGUAUGGGGUAUUAUAUAUGUGCCUAGGUCCUGUGUUUCUAUGGCACUUUCCACUGGAAGAGCAACAGGGGAAUUUAUCGAACGAAUAAGAGCAUACAACUGGGAUCUUAUAGAUUACAAAAUCAUGUCAACCGGGGUGUACUUUUUAAUUUUCACAAGAGGUGGCACUAUGAUUAACGAGGAAAAAGCCCAGUUUCAUAGUAAUGCCAACAGAAUUUACUCUCCUGGAACUUAUUUCUUCCAUAUCUUCAUUUAUCUGAUUUUAAAAUCAUGGAUCCCCAUCCUCCUAAUGUCCUACAUUCUUAACUUCAACUUUGCCCUAAUUUUUCUUGUGACAGGUACGUUUAUCUGCACCCUGCUAAACUUGGUAUUGAAUCUGAAGCUCAAGUAUCUGCUUAUGUGUAUGGUUCUUGCAUUUAACCUACUAUAUCCCCUAGAUCAGGAGCUCUGUCAAAAAAGCUUCUUUCUUAGAUAUUCCGAGUCAUUCAACUUUCUAGUUGCAUGCCGGCAAUUCCCUCUGGCAUGCUCUAGAGAGAAGUUUACGCUUUUAUACUGUCUACUAAGGGCAUUCCUGUUUAUAUAUAUUUUCUUUUGUUACAUGUUUUCAAGGCUUUAUGAUUAA